UGAGAAGCGUGUCCAGGCUAGGUACCCCAGUUCAGCUGUAUUUCUUGGGCAGUCCCUGUAAGCCUCUGUGUGAAGGGGACAGUUCCUAAGGCUCACAGUUGCAGUCCUGGAUCCUGUACCUUGUAGUUAUUGCACAACAGAGGAAAGACUACAAUUCCCAUAGUACUUCCACAUACUGGUACUCCAGUGACAUCAGACAUUACAUGGCUGAGACUGGUUGUAAAGCAAGAAGACCAAAAAUGCUAAGUCUGUCUGUAAGAUUCUAAAUUUCUGCUUGCACGGCAAUGCUGCAUACUUCAGAGAAGAGAACUUGUAUACUGGUAACAAGGACAUGGUCAGACGAAGUGCCACCCCUGGUCAUUACAAGUCACAGAAGGGUUGCGUAUGCCUGUGACACGUGCAUUUCCAGUCAUAUAGGCUAGAAGAUUCUGAGCUUGUGGACGUGACACGCAAACACCUACAAUGUGAGAUCUGUUGAGAAAUCCUAUUAUUGUAGAGUAAAUAGCAAGAAACAAAAAAUGGACACUCAGUUAUUUUCCCCAUUAUUAGGAGCAAUUACUAGUACACCACCUCCGCUAGAAUCUUCCCGGCUCUGUAGUGACUGGUCAGCAUGUGGAGAGGAUAUUAGCUCAAAAACAUCUUUUCAAGACUACACAAAGAAACGAGCACCAAUAAAUCUUUCUUAUUCUGGCAGUGGCCCUGAUAUGUUUGGGCUAGUGUCAAGCAUUUUAGAGGAGCCAAGCAAGCCAGAACCAGUUACAGAUUGGAAUUCUCUUUCAAGAUUGUUUCCACCUAUGUGGGCACCUGAUCUUAGAAGCAACGGUGAAUUCUCAGGGCUCUCAUCUAAGCACUCUGUUGAAAGUAAGGAUUUUUCCAACCUGGUAGGCACACAGAACUACUAUCAGGAACACUUGCAAAAGUCUCAUGAUGUGGCGAUAUUACACAGAGGUUUGGAAGAUCUUCAUCUUAUAGAGUCUUGGCUUUCUCCAUCUGGCCCUUGCACUCUGCCUGAUAAUAUUCUGCAGAACAGUUAUCCUGAAAAUUCUUCUUUGCAAAAUAAUAAUACAGUUCACCAAGAAGGGUUUUCAUUUCAAAAUGUAGACUAUAAUCAGCAUUUGUGCAGUUAUGACCACAUGAGGUUAAAUGGAGACUCUGAAAAAAUCGGUUCCAAUUUUAGCACUUUUUCUUCUCAGAACAGAAUGAAGGAAGGCACUAGCAUUCAGAAAGAGUAUUGGAAAAGUGAAAGGGCAAGAGGCAAGGCUCUGAAAAAUUAUGCUCAAGAUCAAACAAAGUAUUCCCCUGGUCUUUCCAAUCAGCCUGUUGAUGACUCCUGGGAUAAAGGGCCCCAGGAAAACCACUUGUUUUCUAAAAGGUAUGAAAGCUUUACAGGUCCUCAUAAAUUGCAGUCGCCUGUUCAUCCAUCGCUAUAUUUUUUCAACCAACCCCUUAAAGAAAAUAAUUAUUCUGGAGGGACAAACAGAAAACCACAGGAAACCCACGUGCAAAAUGGUCAUCGUAGGUUUACUUUGGGAGAUGCUUUUAAUAAUAAUGAAUUGAAGAUUCAUAUUAGUCCUAAAGAAUGCUCUCAUAAAGUAUCUGAAUAUGAUUUAUCUGUAAAAAAUGUUAUGCAAAAUGGAAGUUACUCAUUGUACCAUGGACGUACGUGGCUGGAUGGGAAAACUGCAAGUCUGACCGCUACAUCAGAUACUACGUAUGAAAAGCAAGUGGUAACAAGUCCACAGUCUUCUUCAGGGGUUUCAACCAUGUCUGGUGGUUCUCCCACCCAUCAGUCUAUAACACAGUCCUCUUACUACUCACAGAUCUUACCUGCCCUCCCUUCAAGGAAAGAUGGAAGGUUGCAAAUAUCAAAUGGUGUUUCUAAUAAUUUGGUAGUUUCUAAUUUCAACUCAGAAAAUCAGAAGCAAAUGAAACCCAUUGGGCGAUCACAGCAUGAUUCAUUGACUAAUAAGGAGGGGCAAUACCGUAAAUUCCCCAUCAAUUUUUCAUCUGACUGGUUAACGCAGCAGAAUGCUGCAGGUGAAGACCCUGAGAAGUACCACAGAUUUCCCAAAAAGCAGACCCAAGAAAAUAGUAAUAAAGAUGAUAGAAGAGGUAGAAAGAAUUGGAUUCCUCAUUUUGGAUAUACAGCCCCAAACCGUCAGCAGUUCAACGUGUUCCGAAAAAAACACGAGCAGAAUGGUGGUAUCAUGUCAGAUUUCAUCAAUUCUUCUUUUAUUCCUUCUUUCCAAUUAAUGUCUGAUUUUAAGCAAAAUCCCAGCUUUCCUCCAUUUAAUCACCACCUGUUUUCAUCGGCAAAUAAUUUCAGUUUUCCUCCGUCACCAUUUCCAUUUUCAGAACUUGUUGAUCUUUUUCAUUAUGAUGACUUUAACCACUUGAAUCCCUUCAUCAACGACCUCUUUUGUGGGGAACUACCUGCACCGUACUUUGCCUUUCCAACACCAUUUAACAAGUACAGACCUCCAAGAAAUCGCAGUGGGCCUGCUAAUGAGCUUCAUAUCCGACUGGAGGAGUGUUAUGAGCAGUGGAGAGCUUUGGAGAAAGAGAGAAAGAAGACUGAAGCUGACCUUGCAAGAAACUUUCCAGGAAAGCGCAUGUCUAGCUCAAAUAACACUCCUGUCCCCCGACUUCCUGCUAACCCAUCCCGUGUUGAUCGUUUGAUUGUCGACCAGUUACGAGAACAAGCCAGGGUGCUCACAUUAAUAGGAAAAAUGGAAAGGCUUCGUGGUACCCCUGUGCAUGUUAACAUACCCACUACGUUGGAACACCAUAUGGAAGCUAUUCAUGUAACACAGGCAAGGCGUAAGGAUGAGAUUAUUAAUGCUGCUAAUCCACAGAGACAAGGAGCACCACGCUAUAGUAAUGAGAAAGAUAUUCUGGCUCUGGCAGCUGCCAUUAGAGAUUUGGCUGCUUCCACGCGCAAGGCUCGUACCGCUUUAUGGUGUGCGUUACAGAUGACGUUGCCAAAAAAUUCUUCAAGCGGUCCCGUAAAACAAGUUGUUGUUGAAAGGGCAUUGCAAGAGCUUUGUCCUCCGAACAGAAGCACACAAGAAAAAAGCAGCAUGGAGCAUGAAAACAAAGGAGGAAGCAAAAAAGAAAAACCUGAGGAACCUGUGAGGAUUCUGGAGUAAUAGCAAAUAAUAAUAAUAAUAAUAAUGAUCACAAAAGGGAGGCAGAAGGCUGAGGACGGGGAAGGAAGGGCUAAGUGUCCUGCACAGUACCGUGGAAGGUGGUUUUGACAGGUUAUAAAAAAGCGAAGGGGUUAACAUGAUUGAUCAGUGCUGCAAUUCUAUUACUGUGAUUCUGGUGUUGAGAGACACAUCUUGUAAUAGUGUUAAUGCAAUUUUAAUAUUGCUGGUAUUGCAAUGUCUGCUACAUAAGAAUUUUAUUAUUAAGGGGAACUAAAUAAUAGCUGAGCAUUUCCUUGUGUGCUUAUUCACAGCUAUGUAUCAGCUAUGAGUCAAGCCAUGACCUGAGAAACCAGUGUGUGGUAGAACUUAAUUCUCCUUUUUUUUUGGUUAAUGAUACAGUUUAGCAUACUUAAAAUGCAUUUGAAACGUAUUUCACAAUUGUUCAGGGUUUUUUUUUCCACCAUUAUGUAGUUUUUUUAAGUGCCAAAGUGAUCACUUCAGUAGUUUGUAUCCCAUCACUGUACAGAACAAACCAUACUCCUGUGUUGUUUUUGUAGCAGGGAGUCAGGUCGUUCAGGUUAUUGCUCACAGUUUGACAAGAAUAAUCGGUGUUUAAUGUUGGUUUUGUGAGAUGCUUCAGCAGUUGUGCUGCCAAUUCAGUUUCAAGCUAAACCAAUGUAAACCGAGCUUUUCUAUAGCAUAGUCCAUUUAAAAUUUUCCAUUAAAAAAAAAAGGAAAAAAAAGGGUUUUUUAGAUUUGCAGUAAGUACUGCAUUGAAGUACACAUUAGCAGGUGAUAUAAAAUUGUCACUCAGGAUUAGAAAUUAGAUUUAUUGAUUCCUCAGUGGGUUAAAAUCCAGUAACUAUAUAACAUAGUAUGUAACUUAAUUAAAACUUAUGAUUUGUUAUCAGUGUAAGUUCAUGGUACUAUAAUUUUCAGAAACAUUCCAUAUUUAUUUUAACGUGUUCAUUGAAUGUUUAUUUAAAAUUCUAUUUUAGUAAUGUAAAGUUGGAUAUUUUGCCAAAUCUUCCAAAUAAUCAGAUUUAACGAUUUACUCAGGAAAUAUGUAUAUUAUUAUAUAAAUAUACACAUGGUAUAUAGGGAUUUUUUGGGGAAGGGAUGUUUGCAAAAUAUUUACACAAAGCUAAUUAUAUACUAGGUUACCAAAGCUGUUUAAAUGAUUAAUUUUUCGCAUGGAAGAUUUAAUAUAUUUAAUUGCUGUUAACUAGUCUCCAUUCUGUGGCUUAGACAAUCGGAGUGUCAUGUAUCGGUGUGAAUGUUCAGGGCGAGAAUUAGAAAAGAUUAAGUAAUUCAAGUUUUGUUCUUAGGGCACUUAUAAAUAAUGCUUUAACAACUGUCUUACUGUUACAUGAUCUCUUAACGUGUACUAAUAACCAACAAAGGUUCUUGGGUAUCAGUAUAUUAAUGAAUGGUUUGGGAGAGCAGCUCUUAUUUUAAAAGUGAAUUAAGUUGGGGAUAUAAGCAAAGUUUGAAAGAUGAAAAUGAAAUUUUUAUGUUCCAUAGUGUUUGAUGUUGAAUUUGACAUUUUGUGGAUAAAUAUGUAAUUGUUUCCAUGUACGUACUUUGCAAAAUGUUCCAAAUGCAGUUCUGUGGUUUUGGAUCUGUGGAUGUUUCUAGAGCAAAUGUAGUCUCAAUAGUACUGUCAUUAACUGUAAUGAGGCAGUAGCUGCAUAACUUUGUAGAAAAAUGUUACGCAAGCCUCAUUGUAAUCCACUGAGUAAAGUUUAAAAGCAAGAGUCAAUAGAAAUCAGAAUCUUAGCAUAGCAAGACUGUGGGUUUUUUUCCCUAAAGAAAGUGAAUUCAACUUAAAAGAAUAUUUUUCAGCCUUAGCCUAAACAACAGGUAGUGGAGAGAGUUAUUUUAGUGUGAAUGUUUCCUCUGUGUGCAGUUUAUCUAAUGUGCAAUUUAUCUGCACAAACUAAUUUAAGAAGGCUAAAUUUGUGUUUGUGGAACUAAUUAACUAUACUCCACAGUUUAAAAUGUGGUCUGCAGUAUUUCAGUUACUGAAUAAUUUAGGUUUUUAAUUAUGAUUACUGUGUUGACAGGAAAUCAGAAUUUGAAAGUCUUGAUCAGCUUUUCUGUUUACAGAACAAUUGUAGUCCUGCAGGAUUGUUUUGUAGUGGUGAAUGUAUGGGGCGUAGUAGGUCCUUAUUGUAUUGCUCGUGUGUUAAUUAUUGUUGUGAAGGAAUGUGGUCUUAAUUGGUUCCUAAUAUAGUCAAUGUGCCUUUAACAGUCUCAUUUUUCAAAAAUGAUAAAUAGCUGUAUGCUCACUUCUGUUUUCAAUUGCAGUUUAAAAAUGCAUUUAAAAAGGGUUACAGUGUGGCUGCAUUUGCCUGUAGCCAACAGUUGGCAUACGCCGUUCAUGUUGUUCUCGCAUACUGUCGGGCUGUCCCGUUUAUGGGCUCUUUAACAAGCAUAAAGCACCAUGACUGUGGAGAGUCGCCACAGGUCAGAUGUGUUAGUGUCAGGUUUUCCUUGUCAUGCCCUACAAAUGCGACCAGCAUGUGCUCACAUUUCAUUUUGCCUUGCUGUGUUAACUCGGGGUCUUCGUAUCAAAGCAAUUUUGUGCCCAUUUCUUGAAACGAUUUGAUUAUGGGCAGCAUUAGACCUAUAAAAACAAAAGUCCUUUCAGAGUGCUUCAGUUCUGUUGCUUUAUUGCACACCCUUUUAUAUUUCCGGGGGAAAAACACUGUAUUUUGUAAAAUAAUCACCUGGAGUUGCAGCAGCUCUGUUACACUCAUAAAUUGUUUUUUUAGCUGACUGGUGUUUAAUUUAGCAACAGUGUGCAAACCUUUUAAGUAUUGCACUACAUUUUUGGUAUGAAUAAGUGUAAGUAUAACAUUUCUAGUUUUAGGGACUAAUUGUAUUCACCUUUUACUGACUUCAGUGGAAGCAGAGGCAAGGUAUUAGGUGACAGCUACACCAGAGAGGUGGUUUUGGGUUGGAGUUAGGUUUGAUUUUUGAAAAAUGUCACCCCACCCCAACUUGUGGAACAAUCAGGUAAAAUUAAGUUUAUUCCCACCGUCCCCCACCCCCAGGUUUGUUGGGAUUCAUUCUUUUAUUUAUUUUCUGGUUUGAUUUAUGCAGUUUACAUUUUUGAAUGAGGUGACGAUGACAGCAGAGUUAUAGCUGGUAAUGGUAGCAGUACUAGAUUGUUCCAGCUUAAAGAAAACAAGAUACUUGAGUCCCUUCUGCAGUCAAGAUUAUUAUCAGGGUGUAUGUCUUAAUAGUUGGCUGUGAAUCUUUAAUGCUUUAAACCCCCAAUUUGAUAGUCCAAUACAAUGUAGAUUUAAGAAUUAGUUAUUUCUGUAUAAAUAACUGGAGGCUUCUGGUGGUUCAACCUUACCGAUUCCCAGAAGAGGUCAGCAUCAGAGUAAGAACUUCUUUUUCUUGAUUUUAGGUUUGGUAUCUGCUUUUUUCUGUAUCUGCAGGGUCCUUCUGGCAAUGAAAUUAUUCUGAUGGUAUCUAUAUAGACUAAAACUAAGACAUUGGUAUUUUUCAUUAUUUUUAUUAGAACAGCAUACAGGGAGGUUGUCAAGUUUGUGAUGCUUGUUUUGCUGUGGCUUUUCAAGAGUGUGCUGUUGUGGCUUGAGUUGUUGUUUUUUUUCCCCCAGACUGAAUAUUUUUCUUUGCUCCUGGUAUUUACCACCACUACUAGUCUUGUUGUCUGUACCUGGAUACAAAUAAUUUGGAAUCUGCCUUACAGCUUGGAAAGUGAUGCUGUAGUCUUCAUGAGAAGUCUCUUAUUAUUCCUGGUACCUUUUUUCUUUGCUGAAGUAAAUGAAUAAUAGAAGAUUAUGUGAGUGGGACGUUUGUUGAGGUACUUACCUAUUCAGAGAAGUGUGGACAUACUCCCAAACUGUAUGGAAAGCUUCCAAGCUUUCCCAUGCACUUUUCCAGAAGUGACAGUGAGCAUGUUUUCCUGGGAUUGUUUGAUCUGCUAUUCAGGCCUUUUCCCGCUCUGUUUAGGGAAAUAAAGAAGGAAAGAGGGAGCUACAAGAAGGAAGGAAACCCUGACCCACGGGAAACCCUACUUCCAGUGGGCAGGACCCCUCCUCUUUGUGGCUCCAGUGGUCGGAAGGGUGUGAGCCUGAGGGGCAGGAGUCUGUUGCUUAAACUGCGAUUCCCUUUUCCCCGUCUGCUGCCCACAGAUGCUGUCAGGGUUCAACUGCUGAGGCCCGUGGCAGAGUUGGCUUGUUCUUGUGUUGCUCUGGUAGCCAUCCUUUUCACCCCUGUAUGUUUUAGUCAUAUGGAAUCAAGCCGUGUACUGGCUUGAGGGCCUAGAAAAGGGCUUGGGAACAGCCAGUUCAAACCUACGGCGUAUGGUCCUCCCUCUUGGAUCAAGAUCACCACCUCUCGCCUCUCAACUGCUGUCUGUAAGGGAAGAAGAUGAAGUAGAAUUGAAGCUCAGCUUUUCUGGACUUAGAAAAUGAGAAAUGCCACGAGUACUUAGCAUAAAACUUCCAUUGACCUAUGUGAUUUUUUAAAACCUGUUCUUCCUUAAGUGACAGCAUCUAGCUUUGCUCACUAUGAUGCUCUCACACAUUUUUAUAUUGGGUCAUAGCUCUAAUUCUGUGGGAAGCUGGGUUGUUUUUUUCAUUUAAAUGCUGUGAAGAUUGUGCAACAGACAGACAUUAAGCCUAUAUGUAUUUCUUUUAAAAGUAUUAUUGUUACCUAUGCUGAAAGCUGGGUUGGUGGGGUUUUUUUUCCAUUCUCUGCUUGGGAGCCAUAAUGUCAAAGUGCUGCAUGUUGGAGCAACCCAAAGGAGUAGGGCUUGGGUUUGGUUUUUUUUUUAACUUUGUAUCUUUAUUUCUUUGACAGUGUACAUGAUCAUAGUUGUAAAACUAAGUGUUAAAUUCUACUUUGCGGCCACAGUGUUCUAUAGAUUAUUUUUUUUUCCUAUUAGUCAUUAAAGUGGAAACACUUGAGUUCCUGAUUAUUUAACUCCUCACAACUGUAGAUUAUAUUGAAUAAGAACAGGGAAUACUGCAUAUGAAUAUGCAUGAGAGCAGUUGACUUUGGAAUACAUAUUUUUAUUAUUAUUUUUAAACAGGUGUGUUUGCAGUUAGACUACUGAAGAGAUGGGUGUAGACCUGCUUCCACUGAAGCCAGCAGCUUUAACAGAUUUUUGUCUUUGUCUGGCUUUGUUGCUUUACUGGCAUGGCAUCUGGAGUUAAGUAGGCUCUUUGUAAACAGAAGCUUAGCAAUUCACCUUGAACAUUUGAUAUUAAGAAACUUGAGAAGGAACUGUUCCUAACCUUUUUUAUAAGGUUUCUCACUACACUGACAACUUGGAAUUAGCAGGAUAAAUUUUGCUUUCUUUUAAAGCUGAGGAAUGUACCUACUGCAGAAACUUUGGCUGAAUUGAACUUGUGGGUUUUUUGAGAAUUUUGCACCUUUUUUAAUCCUGAUCUGCUUCAAUGGAAAUAUAACCUUAACCAUAUUAAGACCUUGAUUUAUUUCCUGUGCGGCUUAUCCAUCUCAGUCACCAGCACUUUUUUGUUUUGCAGAACAUUAUAUAAAAACCAGGCAUCUCUUAUUUGUAGUAGAUAGUGCUUUCUAAUUUUUUUUAAAUAAUAGGAAUGUUGCAAAUAAAUUUUAUCAGUUAGAUAGAAAGGAAGGUUCUUAUUUUUCGUCAUUAGCAAUACUUUAAUCAAAGGUGCAAAAAAAAAAAGAUGCAUUUAAUGUAUGUACUGUGUGCUGUUACAGACUGAAAAUGUAUCAGGUUAGGAGCAACUGUUUAAAAAAUUGAGGAACUGGAGCUAUAAAUCCUUUUUGCCAAAUGAGUUUUAAAAAGGAAAAUAUUUGCAUAUGGUGUUUAAAAAGUUUGUUAGAGAGAAAGAAUAAAUCAGAGUCCACUUAAAGCAAUCUUUGUCUGGCAAUGAUUUUAUGUUUUUUACUGUAUAAAAUACAACCAAUUUAAAAGUUUAUGCACAGUAAUAAUGAGCAUAGGUUUUUUUUUCACAGAAUUAGGCUAUUUCCAAUAUAUAUGGGAAAAAUAAGUUUCCUUUUAUUUUUUAUGACAGAUAUACAAAUAUUAAUAGUGUCUCUAUUUUAAUAUACUAUUUGCUGUCUGAAGUAUCUCUUUUACAUGUUUGUUGGUCAAACCCAUACGCUUAAAAUGGCAAAUUUUACAUGGCUAGUGAGAUAUUAACUGAAGGAGGAUUUUGUGAGUUGAUCCAUUCAGUAGGCCCAACAGAAAUAUGUGAAAGUAUAAUUUAGCUUAAAAAACAAAAAGUCAAUGGCUGAUUAUACUAGAUUUUAACCAUUAAUCAGUUUAGGCUUGUUUAAGUAUUUCUGUAAAACAACUGUGGAUGUUUGAAUGAACGCUACGAAAAUCUCACUUCUACCUCUUGUGUAAUGUUCUUAAAAUUAUAUUUCACAGAUCUCUUUGGGAUGUACUUUGAUACUACAGGGUGUUGGUACACCAUAACUUGUGAAUUUCAUCUGCUUUUCCUUUUUUUUCCCCCCCUCUGUUUAGUUGUUUUCUGUGGAACAUGGGGAUGCCUUGCGGGCUGGGUUGUGUGUUCACUUGUGUUAAGUAGCACCAGGCAAGCUGUGCACAACUAGCACAUCAUUUCUAUUAAGCAUAAGGUACAAUGGUCAAAAGAGAUUAUUAAGUUUUGUGUUACAUAUAUGAAAGUCUCAGAAGUAUGAGAGUUCUGUAAUAAAUCAUGGCCAGUGUAAUUUUCUAGUAUUUUUAUGUAUGUGAUUUGAUACCUGAUACCUUUUAUUUAAAUAAUCAACUGUGUUGCCUCUAUGUCCCUAAUAACUAGUUACAGCUUCUUGUUUUCUUUAGUUUAACUCACACUAUUUAUCAGCUGCUGUUCUCCAUGUGAGAUGAAUUUGGUUUUGGUAAUUCUGCCUUGAAAAGACAUGUUAUGUGUUCUGCUUUAAUGCAGUUACAAAAAUUAAAGUUCUUCAUGUUUUA